UAUUAAACUCUGUGUGUGUGUUUAAGUUUGGUGUUAGUGGAAUGGAACAGCCACCACGAAGGAAGGAACUCAAGUACUGAACUUAGCAAUCAUGAAGUACUGUUUCUCCUUAUCCUCAACUCUCCCUCUCUGCAUUCUCCUCACUCUCUGUUUUCACAGUGUGUCAUCUAAAAAUGUAUCUGAGAGUGACCUACAACAAGCUACCAUCCCACCAAGAGGUUGGAAUUCCUACGAUUCCUUUUGCUGGACAAUUUCCGAAGAAGAAUUCUUGCAGAAUGCCGAAAUAGUUUCUCAGCGUCUCCAUGAUCAUGGAUACGAGUAUGCUGUGGUGGAUUAUCUAUGGUAUAGAAGGAAAGUCAAGGGUGCUCAUCAUGAUUCUCUUGGGUUUGAUGUGAUUGAUGAAUGGGGGAGGAUGAUUCCUGACCCUGGAAGGUGGCCUUCUUCCAUAAAAGGGAAAGGGUUCAGCGCAGUAGCUGAUCGAGUACAUAGCAUGGGUUUGAAGUUUGGUAUUCAUGUUAUGAGAGGGAUAAGCACACAAGCAGUCAAUGCAAACACCCCUAUCCUUGAUACAACAACGGGAGCUGCUUAUCAAGAAUCUGGUCGAGUGUGGCGUGCAAAAGACAUAGCAAUUCCGGAAAGGGCUUGUGGAUGGAUGUCUCAUGGUUUCAUGAGUGUAAAUACGCAGUUUGGAGCUGGGAAAGCUUUUCUGAGGUCCCUUUAUGAGCAGUAUGCUGCAUGGGGUGUUGAUUUUGUGAAGCAUGACUGUGUAUUUGGCGAUGACUUGGAUUUAAAUGAAAUAAGUUAUGUAUCUGAGGUUUUCAGGGAGCUAGGUCGCCCCAUCGUAUAUUCUUUGUCUCCUGGAACGAGUGUGACACCAGCCAUGGCCAAGGAUAUUAGUGGACUGGUCAAUAUGUACCGUAUAACAGCGGAUGACUGGGAUAAUUGGGGAGAUGUGAAAACUCAUUUUGAUGUAACAAGGGAUUUUUCAACUGCUAAUAUGAUAGGAGCUAAAGGUUUAAUGGGGAACUCCUGGCCAGAUUUGGACAUGCUACCCUUUGGAUGGCUAACUGAUCCAGGCUCAAAUGAAGGUCCACAUAGAUACACUAAUCUCAAUCUACAAGAGCAGAGGACACAGAUGACCCUGUGGUCUAUGGCAAAGACUCCCCUUAUGUAUGGGGGGGAUGUACGGAAGAUUGACUCGACGACGUAUGAUCUUAUCACAAAUCCUACCCUUCUGGAGAUUAAUUCUUUUAGCUCGAAUAAUAUGGAGUUACCUUAUAUCAAAAUCCUGAAGAGUGAAGAUCAGGAUCUUGGAAGGCAAAUGAGAAGAAGCUACAGAGAGAAGGAAACAUCAUACAAAUAUUCAUUAGGCCUCACUAGCUGUUCGGAGUCAAAGGCUAGUGGUUGGACCAGUGAAAGUUAUAACGGAUAUCUUGAAAGAAUCUGCUGGAAAAGGAGUUUCAAAAACAAGCAUCUUGCCCCUUUCUGUGUUCAAAAGAGAGAACUUAACUUGACCUUCAAAAAGGAGAGUAUGUAUCACGAGGAUCGUCAACGUGGACAUCAUUUAGUUGCAGCCAACCGGAUAAAGUUUUGCUUGGAUGCUUCUCCAAGACGAAAGCUUAGUUCUCUAGAGUUUAGGAGAUGUACAUUUUCUCCCUGCAGAUUGGAUUCAAAUCAGAUGUGGGAGUUGAAUCCUAAUGGGACCCUGGUAAAUAGUUAUUCUGGCUUAUGUGCAACUAUGGAGUCUGUCAAAGCUACUAUUACUUCUGGGGGUUUUCGCUCUUGGAUCGCUACAGGAAGAGCAGGAAAAGUCUAUGUUGCUUUCUUCAAUCUAAGUGAACAAAAGGCGGUGAUGUCUGUGCAGACAUCAGACCUGGCUAAGGUUCUUCCAGGCAAAGACUUCAGUUCUUGCAAGGGCAGUGAAAUAUGGAGUGGAAGUGACACAGUAAUAAUGCAGGGGACGUUAUCAAAGGCAGUGGAAGUGCACGGAAGUGCACUAUUUGUUUUAAAUUGUGACUAGUUUGGCCCCAAAAAGAGGACGGAGUUGGUUCACUGGUACCACCUUUCGGACUUCAUGGUAUACUCCAGGGAUUGACAAGUUCCUAUCCCCCUACUAAUAGUUUAACACGCUCUUUGUUGUUACUAUGAGGUCCCGAAGCAUAGGGAGAUUUUACCCGUUGUUGUCAAUUAGGGGGUUUGUGGACUUUUAAUCCUCUCCACAGUGCUUUUGGGUUAAUAUGUUUCACGUGAUGUCAAUUUGAACUUGUCCGAGCCGUUCAAUUACGGUCUUAUGAUGCAAUUGCAUUCUCUGAUCCAA